AUGGUAUGUUCCAUCAAUCAAUUCCUCGCGAACGCUUUCUUUAGCCUUUUCUAUAAAGCUGCUCGCUCCGUGCACACGUCGAAGUCCGCGCAAGCGCCCGAAACUACACCCACUUCGGUCUCCUCUGCUUCUGAGCCGAUCACCACAUUAGCCAUGCACGGCUCAAAUCAACUUAGCCUUGAGCAACCCCAGAACAAGGCUGAAUACGUCCUAUCAACAUUAGACAAAAUUGUCAACUGGGGACGCCAAGGUUCGAUAUGGCCCAUGACUUUCGGUCUUGCAUGUUGUGCUGUCGAAAUGAUGCACAUGGCUGCUGCUCGCUAUGACCAAGAUCGUCUCGGUGUCGUUUUUCGUGCCUCUCCGCGUCAAUCUGACGUUAUGAUUGUCGCGGGUACGCUCACAAACAAAAUGGCUCCCGCACUUCGUAAAGUCUAUGACCAAAUGCCCGAGCCAAGAUGGGUUGUGUCCAUGGGAUCUUGCGCAAAUGGCGGUGGCUACUACCACUACUCAUACGCUGUUGUUCGUGGCUGUGAUCGGAUUGUACCCGUGGAUAUCUAUGUUCCUGGGUGCCCACCAACUGCUGAAGCAUUACUUUAUGGUAUGUUACAACUUCAGCGUAAAAUGAGAAGAAACAGGAAGAGUGUGCUUUGGUGA